CCGAGCUCUGAUUGGUCGAUAUUCACAACAAGACCGUAUCAAUUUUUAUUUACUACGGCGAAUUUCCCCGAAAUUGCUAAUCUGUGAUGUAAAGUCAACCAACUUCUCCCCGGUCUCAGGAAUCUCUGCGUUUCCUCCACUUCCUGUUCUUUUGCGAAUUUGAAGACCAUGGCCAAAAGGCCAGGGGACAACGACCCCAUGGGCAGCGGCCAACCACCACUAAAGAAAGUCCAGUUUGAACCGAUCAGGAUCGGCCCAAUUUCAACAUUAGAAGAAAUGGACAUCAAAGUCUUACAAUUCCAGAACAAGAAAUUAGCGCAGAGGUUAGAACAAAAGAACCGGACAGAAGCUGAGUUGCGGCAGCGAAUAGAGCAGCUGGAAAAGCGACAGACUCAGGAUGAUGCUGUCCUCAACGUUGUCAACCGAUAUUGGAAUCAGCUCAAUGAGGAUAUCAGAAUUCUGUUGCAAAGAUUUGACUCUGAAACCGCAGAUGAGUCUGAGAGUAAAAAUGAGAACGAAGCAACAACUUCUUUCCUUAUGCAGCUAUCAACAUGGGACAAAGAAGAACUGGAUGAGAAAUUAGCAAAUCGAGUCCAAGUGUCAAAGCGAGCUGUUGCCAAAGUAAUUCAGGCUUUCGAUCGCCUGAUGCAAAGGAAUGAAAAAAUUACUGCUGCUUUAAAAGGAGAGUUGAAUAAUGAAGCACCAAGUGUUGAUGAAGUUGUGCGGCAAGCAAAUAUUGAAAUUCAAGCUGAAAAUCGAAACUUACAAGCAUUGAACACCUCGCUGCACAAAAAAUAUCACGCAAACUCAUUAAAGAUGGCAGAACUGGAAGAACAGGUAGUUGGUAAAGACACUGAAGCUGCAGAGCUUCGGAAUCAGAUCGAUGAUUUGCAGUACGAGCUCCAGAAAGUGCAAUCCCGCAACGAUAAGCUAGAAAACCAUCUUGCCGAAGCAAUGGAAAAGUUGAAAAACGUCCAACAGCAGGUUCAACAUCAGACGGACGAGAAGAGCGGUGAGAAGGACAAAAAGCAGGCUGUCGUCGUCACUAAUACAAUCAAUCAGAAAAAGUUGGAGGAGCUGGAGAAAGAAUUAGAGGAAGUGAAGGAAUUAGCUAACAACAGGCUUACUGAACUGGAUCGAUUACAUCAACAACACCGAGACACACUUAAAGAAGUAGAAAAAUUAAAAAUGGAUAUUCGACAGUUGCCUGAAAGUGUUAUAGUAGAAACAACAGAAUACAAGUGUCUUCAAUCCCAAUUCUCCGUUCUUUAUAAUGAAUCAAUGCAGUUGAAAACAUCCCUAGAUGAGUGUCGUGUCCAACUUCAAACCUGCAAAAACACCCACCUCCGGCAAAUAGAAAUGAUGGAGAGUGAGGAGCUGACAGCACAGAAGAAACUACGUGCAGAAGCCAUGCAGUUAGAGGAUGUCCUUGCCCAACUUCGCAAGGAGUAUGAAAUGCUUCGGAUAGAGUUCGAAACAAAUCUAGCAGCUAACGAACAGACUGGUCCUAUCAACAGGGAAAUGCGCCACUUAAUUACAUCUCUACAAAACCAUAACCAGCAGUUGAAGGGAGAGGUCCAUCGUUAUAAACGUAAGUAUAAAGAUGCAAAUGCAGAAAUUCCUAGGCUGAAGAAAGAACUAGAAGACACCAAAACACGGCUCCGUGAAGAGUGUCGCAGGGAAGCAGAAAGAAAUGAGCACAAAGAGGGCAGUAAUAGUGCAGAAGGCGGGUCAAACGAAGAAAACAAGAUCAAAGAAGAAGCUAAUGUCAAGAAAGAACAAGCUGACGAAGAACAGGAAGCUGAAGAAGUAGAAGCAGGGGAUGGCGAGAAAGAUAAACAACUUCUGUCACCAUCUGCUACAAAAAAAGAGGGCAAUGGAGCGGCUGCUGGGCCUGCUGCAAAACAACCCAUCAAGAAAGAGCCCGGAUCUCAACCACCAGUUAAAACUGAACCACACCGCGCAAAGGAGAUGAAACCUGCGGAGUCAGAAAUAGUUCGUGAGUUAAAAGCGCAGUUGAAAAAAGCGAUGAACGAUCAAAAAGAAAUGAAGUUGCUAUUAGAUAUGUACAAAGGAGUGAGUAAAGAGCAGCGCGACAAAGUUCAGCUGAUGGCCGCUGAGAAGAAAAUCAGAGCCGAGCUAGAAGAUGCUCGACAGCAGCUUAAAAAGAUUCAAGAAAGCAAACGGGAAGAACGCAAGAAACUGGCAGAUGAGGAUGCACUUAGGAAAAUAAAGCACCUCGAGGAACAGACGCAUCAACUGCAAAAGCAGGUUGCGACUCAUAAACAGGAAGAGGAGGCCCUUUUGAACGAGAUGGAGGUUACGGGUCAAGCAUUCGAAGAUAUGCAAGAACAGAAUUCAAGGUUAAUUCAGCAAUUGCGAGAAAAAGAUGAUGCUAAUUUCAAGCUUAUGACAGAGCGAAUUAAGUCUAAUCAACUUCAUAAACUUUCACGAGAAGAAAAAGAUGCGCUGAAAGAGCAACUAAACCUCGUCUCGGGUCAAAUGGAGGCAAUGAAUGUUGUCAUCCGGAGGCUAGAAGAGAAAGAAAGAGUGUUGCAGAACAAUCUAACAACAACAGAAAAAGAGCUUGUACUUCGUCAGCAAGCUAUGGAAAUGCAUAAACGGAAGGCAAUUGAGUCAGCCCAGUCAGCAGCUGAUCUGAAGCUCCAUUUAGAGAAGUAUCAUGCUCAAAUGACAGAAGCACAGCAAGUUGUUGCUGAAAAAACAUCGGCGCUAGAAGCAGAGGCUUACAAAACUCGGAGAUUGCAAGAGGAAAUAGCGCAGCUACGUCGUAAGACAGAGCGUAUGAAGAAAAUUGAGCUGGCAGGAACCCUCGACGAAGUUAUGAUGGAAGAAAUUCGCGAGUAUAAGGAGACGCUGACAUGUCCAUCCUGCAAGGUGAAGCGCAAAGAUGCUGUGCUCAGCAAGUGUUUCCAUGUCUUCUGUUGGGACUGUCUGCGAACGCGCUAUGAGACACGACAACGCAAAUGUCCUAAAUGUAAUGCUGCGUUCGGAGCUAAUGACUAUCAUAGACUGUAUCUAGGCUCAUAAAGGGAUCAAAUUCGAUGAGCUUUUGAUUUUAGGUUAAUUAUGACCACAUUGGAAAUUGUAAAACUUCCAAAACCCUAUUUUUUUUUCCUGUUCGAAAGAGCUAUUACAUUUCGUUCCUUCAAUACUGCGGUUUCUCUCAGAGGAAACAAAAAAAAAAUCGCUAAAAUUUCCAUUCUAAGUUAUGUGAUUCCUCAAUCAUUCAGAAAAAGACCAAAUUGAGUGCAAAACUCAGCAUAUAUUCUAAGAGGAAAUCUCCUCAUUCUCUCUUUUCAAACUUUCCAAACUGAAUGGAACACUGUUGUUUGUGAUUUAAUUAUUGUAACGGUCUGAAGAAAUCAAAGGGAAAAAACCAAUUUAUUUGUACUUAGCCUAUCAAAACGUAUCAUUAAGAAUUGACACUUUGCUAUGCGGUCUUAGCUUCACUGCAUAGUGAACUGUCAAACUUUUUGAUGUCAAAAGCGUGGGUCACCCGAUCAAACUGAGCUCAUCCAUUCAAGAAGGUUGCUGCCACUUUUGGUUGUUCGAUCACCAAUCAGAGCGCAUCGCCAUCAAAUUGAUGAGGGCUGCCUUUAUUUGAUACAACAUGGUUGAGUUUAAGGUUGGCUUUGAAAUCCAGGCUUCUUGCCUCUUGUUAGAUUGAUAGGCUCAGUCUGAUUGUGUGACCUGUACAGUUUCCAGUUUCAGACCCCUUUCUUUCAUCAUACUUCUCCCUCCUCCUAUAAACCCCAUAAACUUUUUAACUGUUUCUCAUGUUUGCGGUUGGUCUCGACAGACAAAGACCAUUUCAGGAAAGCGUGUUAAAUCUAGCUGUACAUAAUCAUCCCAUCAUCGUCGUCACUAUUUUUGUACAUUCCACUAAUCAUGAUCGUCAUCUUUCAUCUUAAGGCAUUUCUGAAGAAACUGGAGGUUUCAUGAUUUCUUGUGAAGUUCUGAUAUUUGUAAGGCAAGCUCUCUGUUCCCAAGGAAAGCUCAUGAAAGCUGAAAGGUUUUGCAUUUUCUCUUUGAGGCUUUUUUUCAAACAUACAUUGAAGCCUCUCUUGAAAACACGGUUUUUCUAGCUUGUUCUAGUCGAUUAAUAAUAAUAAAAAAAAAAUGUGAUGCUUCAUAUUGAUCGUAUCAUUUUAAAUUGUUAUUGAAAUCAGAAGAAACGCAACCCAAGUGGUAUCACCAAUCUCUCGGAGUCUUUCCUGCCCUGUUUAAAAGAUGUAGUGUCUUUGUUUAAUCCUUUAUGCAGUGGGCUACCAGACAAAGUCUGAACUAAAUAGAAACGUCCCAUGUUUUCUCUCAAAAAUCUAAUGUAGGAAACAAUUCAUAUAACAGGAAGUUCAAAAAUCAAAUCCUGCACGAGAUAUCAACAUGUAUUUUUAACACAGCUGAAAUGAAAGUCAAAUUCUGACCUUCCAAUCAGUAUUUUUGCCCUUUAGCUAAUGUGAAUUAUGAACCUCUCAUAUCUUCUAAAGGAAUUAAUUUCUGAACUUAAUGUUGAUUAAUUCGUUUACUCAUGAAAUUUUAAAGAGAUAACAUGCUGUGUGGUGCUUUAAUUUAUACAUUGUCUAGAGGCCUAUUGUGUUUUUCGUGAUCUCUGUAGCUUUAAUGCAUUUUCUUUUUCUUUUUUCCAUGCAUCCCGGGUUUCUAAUAAGUUUCGGAUGCAAAGAACUUACAAUGAAACCCACAGGAGUCUCCUCCUGUUUUAAGUACAAGUCGCAGGCAAAUAAUCAAAUCAGGCAUUUCGUCAAAUGCCUAGGCAGAUAGUAAAAUAAUCUUACUUGAAUUGAAAUUUAAGUCCUUUUACCAAUUUUAGAAUGAAUAAUUCUUUUUGAAAUGAUCUCGUCUUUUUAAAAUAAAAUUUAUCCGAAAAUUUCCAGAAAGUUGUAAAGCACAGAAUUUUUCAAAAUUAUACAGUCAAAACAUUUUAGGAGCAUCUAGAGAGAAAACUAUCAGGAAAUAUUGUAGAUUUUAUGAAUUUUUACUAUAAAACGUUAAAAACUCACUCAACUUUGAAAAUGGUCAAAAUUUUACUGUCUGCUGUGACUCGACUAUUUAUUUGAUUGACAACUGACUAUUUGAUUAUGUGCCUGCGACAUACAUCAUUAAAUCCAUGAAGUAUGAUAAUUGAUACCCGACAAAGUUCUAGGAAUCAAUUUGAAUCCAAAAUCACCACUAUUCCAUCUUAAGUUUAGAUUUGGAGUUCAUGUUGACAACAUUGUUAGCAAUAUUUAGUGUCAGGUGCGGAAGAUCUGCCAUCCUAAUUCUUGCAUUCAGUUAAAAUGCGAAAAUGUAAAAGGCAGAUCUGCCAUUCUCAGACCAAUCGGCUUACUAAUUUUGAAUGAACUCUCAUUCAGUCAAACAAUGGAGUGAUUAUUUGAGCAAUUUACCCAGGAAUGAAGACUGCUGAAGUCUUUUUGUCAUGAAUUUAUAAAUCGUUUUUUAUUUGUUUAAGUUGUGCAAAUGUAUCAUUUGAUCGAUCUUGGAUGAGGUACUACCAAAGAGACAAGUAAACAUUGUAAUCUGUAACCAAUUAGUUGCACUUUUUUAGUGUCAGUUUUCGGAGCUGAAAACCAUAAGUUGAUUCGUAUUUAUCAAGUUAAAUUGAUGUACAAUUCAUCAAUCGAAAUUUAAUUUUAAUUUGACCAGAAUCACCUUAACAACAUCAGACAUUGCCUACUUUUCUGUAAUGCUUUAUUUUUUAAACAGAGAACUAAACCACACUGAAACUUGAAAUUUUUUUCUAUUCACUCUUCGUAAUCUAGGGUUACUUCUCAGAAAGUCUAAAGACGUUAAGUAUUUAGUUCUCUGGUAAAAAAAUCAAACAUGCGGAAAAACUUGGCAACGUCCAAUGAAGUUGGGCUGAUUUCAGUCGAAUCUGUCUAACUGAACGAUGGUUUACUUACAUUAUGGAAUGAUGUCAACCAAAUUAUAGAUGAAUCCUUGUUUGCAUUACCUCAGAUUUUGCGAUUUUAUCUAGUAGAAGCUUAAAUUUUUAGGUUUGGAUGUCAAUUCGAGCAGAAAGGUGGAUUCUGCUUCACUUUUUAACAAACCUCUUUUUCUCCUCCUGAUAUUAAAAUGCCAUAACUGGCUUCAAUUACUGUAACCACUGAUGUAGCCACUGAUCUAUUGCUCCAAGCAAUCUUAUUUCCUCAUGACUCUCAUAUUCACUCAUCUUGAUAGUAAAUCCUGAAAACUAAUGUUUAGGGACCGAUCUCUUCUCUCUGUAUUUCACUACUCUUUCAUCGUUUUUUAUAUUUUCCUAAUGUCUGUACCUACUAACUGAACAGGGCAUGAAUUUUUUUUGCCUGCGAAAAAUGGUUUUGUUUGUAAGUAAGUAAUUGUACAAAGGCACUUCGUUCUUCGCAAACAUGCAGGUAUGAUAUUGUGUAUAAAUCUAAUUCUUGUGUAAAAAGCUAUGAAUAAAUAAUCGUUUUGUACAUGCA